GGACUGAGUCACUGACUGGCUGAUGCGUCCUCUUGAGAACUGGGUAUAUAAAGACCCAGGGCUGCGAGGGAAAGCCAAUCACUGGGUCUCUUCUGUGGGAGAUAUGGCGAGAGAAAUUUUUGCACUCACUUUCCUCCUGACAGUGGGGAAUUUAGCCCACUGUCAUGAAUGGAAGAAUCGUCUCUUCAUCAAGAUGGGAGAAGUACUGGAGAAGCAAGAAGCAGCAUUGAGCCAGCUGAAGGGAAUGCAGGAGAAACAGGAACAGUUCGACGGCAAACUUCAAGAAAUGCAGGAGAAACUUCAACACGUGGAAUUUAACCUUCAAGAACUUCGCCGCGAGAUGCAACACCUGAAAGAUAAAGCGACAGACAGCCAGGACUCUCUGCAAAGACAAGAACUGGAAUCUUCCCUUCGCCAGGAAAUAUCUGGAGUCAUCUCUUUGUUGGAGACUGGAGGAAUAGAUGAGUGUUCAGAAGGAAGCCACAACUGUGGUGAUUAUGAGAUGUGCACCGACAAGCUAUUCAAAUAUCAAUGUUCCUGUCUACCCGGAUUUGCACAGGAUGGUUCGGGCUGUGUAGACGUCGACGAGUGCGCCAAAGGGAAGGACGAGUGCAGUCCCCUGGCAACAUGCAGGAACUCCGUCGGGAGUUACAGCUGCUCCUGCAACCCACCUUCCGAGGGAGAUGGGCGAACCUGUGAGAUGGACGAAUGCGCCCAAGGGAAGGACGAGUGCAACCCCCUGGCAACAUGCAGAAACUCCGUUGGGAGUUACAGCUGCUUCUGCAACCCACCUUUCGAGGGAGACGGGCGAACCUGUUCCUGCCCUCCUGGAUUUGCACAGAAUGGUUCAAAUUGUCAAGAGUUCCCGUGCGAAAGUCCAGCCGAGGUCCUCAAGGGUCUGGGAUGUGUGAAGCGUGUGAGGGAAGACAAGACCUUUGAGGAGAUGAACGCCACCUGCCACCAGGCAGGUGGCCGUCUCCUACAAAAUUUUAGUCUUGAAAGUUUCCAGGAAGUGGACCGUUUGGCUUUUCCUUUUUAGGGAUGGAUAGGAGCGUACGAGGGAAGAUGGCUGGAGAGCGGACUCCCUCUUCAAGAGGAGUUUUAGCAUAAAGUUCCCGGGGAUUAGACCCUGUCAGUAGCCUGCGGCGAUGUGGUGCCACUAUGUGGGAUACUUCUUCUUCUUUGGUCAAAGUGGGUCUGUUUUAUUGUUCAGAAAAGACUUGGGGAUUCUGCCAGUUUGUACCCCCACAGAAGUAGUCAGUCAACAUCAGGCUGAUCUUAUAUGUGAGGAGGAGGAGGCAGAAUAAUAGUAAUAAUAAUAAUCCUUCCUUCUUUGAUGACAACUGCUUGGUGAUGAUUCCCCUUCUCAGGAAGAUUGUAGUCUGUUAGAGGAGGAAGGACUCUUCCUUCCUUCCUUCCUUUCCAUCCUCUCAGAUAAAGAUAUUGUUUUGAUGAGGAUGAGAAUUAUAUUGCUAUCAGGGGUAUAUUAUUUUAUUAUUAUAAUAAUAUUAAUUCAUUUAGAUUUUGGCUGACUACUGACUCAGUCAGACUUCACUGAUGCUGCUAUUCUUCUGUGUAAACUUCUGAGGAUUUACAUAUAUCAUACUUUGUGCUUUGCAAAGGUUAUUUCAAUAAGAGGACUAUAACCUUUUAUUAUAAGCUUUGUGAUUAUUAUGGGAAAUGUUUGACAUAAAACAGGAUUGUUAUUAUUCUCUGUGGGACAUUUCAACAAUAU